AUGUUUUUUACUAGUACCAAAAAUUUUAAAUUUGAAGACAUUCCGGAUUUAACUGGCAAAGUUGUGGCAAUAACUGGCGGCAACACGGGUAUUGGGUACGUUACGUGUAGAGAACUGGCAAGAAAAAAUGCACAUGUAUUUGUUCUAAGUCGUAGUAUCGAAAGAGGUAAAGCAGCUGUUGAAAAGAUUAAACAAGAGACAAAAAAUCAAAACGUAGAGUUUUUACAAUUGGAUCUACAAAGUUUAAAAUCUGUUAAAGAAUGCGCUGAAUCUUUUUUGGCUCGAAAAUUACCAUUACAUAUUUUUAAGUUUUCUUUAACUGUCGAUGGAAUUCAAGAUCAAUUUGGAACCAAUCAUGUUGGGCAUUUUUAUCUUACAAAAUUACUUUUACCAACAAUUGAAGCAUCAGCUCCAUCAAGAAUAGUUAAUGUUAGCAGUACGGCUCAUAAAUAUACACCAAAGGGUGGAAUAGAAUUUGAUAAACUAAAUGAUCCAGAUGCUCAAACACCAAUGGAACGUUAUGGAGUAUCAAAACUUUCAAAUAUUUUAUUUACAGUUGAAUUAAAUAAAAGACUUGAAGGAAAACAAGUUUAUGCCAAUUCUUUACAUCCAGGUGUCAUAAAAACUGAAUUGACAAGAGGUCUUGUAGAUAAUUGGGGUAGAUGGGUAGUUCCAUUUAUUAAACUUGGAGGUCUCUUACUACUUACACCUGAUGAUGGAGCAUUAACCUCGUUGUAUUGUGCAACAAGUCCUGAAAUUGAAGAGAAGAAAUUUCGUGGAAAAUAUUUCAUUCCAUUCGGUGUAGAAUCUACCGCUACACUAACCGAUGAUGCCAAAGAUGAAAAGCUGGCAAAAAAAUUAUGGGAGUUUACUGAUGAUCUAAUUAAACUUCAACCAAAGAAAUUAAAAUCAAAAAAUAAAUUUCAUGCAAAUGUUGAUACUAAUAAUAACAAUGAUCAAGUAAAAGGAGGAAUGGGAAGAUCAAAACUAAAUUCACCUGAUUUUUAUAUCCACAGCUACUAG